GUGGCUGACUAAAUACUUUUUUGCCCCACUGUAUGUUAUCUGACUUUCACAUGUCAGAGCUGUAUGAGGUGCAUGCAAUGUUUUUAUUUUAUCUUUUUUUUUAAAUGUUUCAUUAUUAAAAGUGACUUAGUUUCCAUGACGGUUGCAUGAUGGGAACAGUUUAACCCUGGAACUACUAAUUAUUUCUAUUUCCCUAAUUUCCCAUGGGAAAAAUAUCCCAAUUUCCUCACAGCUACAGGACAUUGACUUGCUUCUUGUUUGUCAUUUUCACUGUCUUUUGCAGGCAUAUUGAGUUCUUGCUGGCUGAUGUUAUAAUAAAUAUCCUCCCUGGUAUGUAUCAGCAUGUGAAUGUUUUUGUAAUCAUGACCGGGUUUGUGUAUUUGAACACACGAGGACAAAUGCCGGCAGCUUCUUUUAUUAAGUAUUUUCUCGGCAGGCAGGCAAUGGACCACAGUCUUUAAAACUUGCUUUCACUCUCAAGUCAAACAAACAUUUUAAAGAGCAUUUUAUGUUCAGGACGGUGGUUGUUUGGUUACCACGUCUACCUCACAGACUAAAGUGAGGUCCGAACCUGUGUGACGCUUGCAUGUUCUCCAAGCAAUUGAGUGGGUUUUCUCCGGCGUCUCCGGCUUCCGCCAACAUUCCAAAAACAUUCAUGUUAGAUUCAUUGAAGACUCAAAUGGCCCACUGUUGUCAAUGUGUGUGAAAAGUUGUUUGUGUACAUAAUUAUGUCCGGUGAUUGACUGGCAACCUGGCUAUGGUGUACUGUGCCUCUCACUUAAAGUAAUUUGGGAUAAGCUCCAGCUCACCUGCUGUCCAAAUGAGGAGAAGCGCUAAAGAAAAUGGAUGGAUGGCUAUUAUAAUAUAAUGUAUUUGAACAUUUGCAGCUUUGCUUUAACAUAAAAACACACUGCUACCUUUGUGCCAUUCAACAAAGUUUACACUGAAAAGAUUAAUUUUGUUGUUGUUGUGAAUCAAUAGGUCUUCCUGGAUUGUUUCACCCAGAUAAUUGAAAUGUCACUUUGUUGUUCUCCAGGGGAAUGAAAGGCAACAUAAAAAUGUCCUCUGGGCCAUUUGAACUGAUAGUGUUGACAAAAUUGUGUUCAGAGGGGACACUGAUGCUCCCGGGAGGAGGGCUUGACUAUAGCACUCCUUGGAGGCAAAAUAUUUGUUGCCAUCUAGUGGGGAAAAAUGGCUCGCCCAGUAUUAUUACUAAUUGUCAUUUAUAAAACUACAAUAAAUACAGAUGUCUUCAGAGAAAAAGCAAGACUACGAAUAAUUCAAGUCAUAAAAAUGACCUCAAACGUUUUAUGUUGGCCCAAAAUUUAUUUAGUAUCAUCAUUGCAUAACGAUGACAUUGCGCUACAUAGUUUAAUAUGAAUUUAAAAAAGCAGAACCCCGAGGAUGUGUAUGUGUAACUAUUAAACAUUCUCGUAAGAGGUGAACUAACUGUUUAAAAAAUAAUUUUAAUGUAACAAUAAUACAAAAUGGAGUGACCUAUUCUGUUAUAUUAAUGACAACAGGUGGAUACCCAGCAAAAUUUUACAUUCUGCCAUCUGGUGGAAUAAUAUUUUAUUGACUGUCACUAGAUGAGCAAAGAUACAUUAUUUGUAGUAAAUACAUUAGAAUUUUCGGACCAGUUCAGUGAAUUGGAUCAUUUGCGAUGGCACACUUGACGAUCCCUUGUAGCACAUUACUAGUUGGGAAUCAUUGCUAUUUUAAACGGAAAAGAAAUUCAAUAUACAGCUCUGGAAAAAAAAUAAACAGACCAAAAAAAUACUGGACCUAGUUUGUGACUUGCUAAAUGGCUACAGCAAGAGUCAGUGCUAUCUUUUUCCACAAACGUAAAGGGUUUAUUUUAAUUUGACCAUGUACUCUUGAUUUUUACCUAGAUAAUAAUAUUACAUCGAAUAAUAUUCAAGUCUGGCUAAAAUGAGACGAAUGUGUGUGAUGAUUGUAAUGAAGGUCGUCUUUGUUGUUCUGCUAGCAUGUAGCAUCGUUAGCUUCCCGGUAGUGGUGGUAUGUCACUAUGACAACGCUCACGCGCACACUCGCGCUCGCGCAAACAUGGCGGCCUCUGUUUCACCGCUACGAUCCUACUGGACGCUUUGUAGCAGGUUGGCGGACCCCCACCGCUCCUGCCGGGCCAAGCUGCGGAUACACAGAAAAUGCGAGAAUCAACGGAGACACCUGCAGCAGUCGGCGACGAGGCAUGCAGCCGUGGUGAUUUCGGGUGCGGCGUUGGCUCGUCAGCUCCACAGAGAGAUCCAACGUGACGUGGAAGAGCUCGUCGCUCAGGGUAACAUGAGACCUCAUCUAGGAGUGGUCUUCGUGGGGGACGAUCCGGCCAGCAGGACCUACGUUAGGAACAAAACGCGAGCUGCCAGCACUUUGGGUAUUUCCAGCGACACGGUGUUGCGCCCUAGUUCGGUCUCUCAGGAGGAGUUGCUGGAUCUAAUAGACAAGAUGAACCGAGACUGGCGGGUCAGCGGACUGUUGGUGCAGCUGCCACUUCCUGAGCACAUCAAUGAAAGAGCUGUCUGUAACGCCAUUGCUCCAGAAAAGGACGUGGAUGGCUUCCAUAUUGUGAAUAUCGGCAAGCUGUGUCUUGACCAGAGAUCCAUGGUGCCUGCCACACCUGCAGCUGUCUGGGAGAUCAUUAAAAGAUCAGGUAUUGAGACAGUGGGAAAGAAUGUGCUGGUUGCCGGACGCUCGAAAAAUGUCGGGAUGCCCAUCGCCAUGUUGCUGCAUACCGAUCGUAGCCAUGAGCGCCCUGGCGGUGACGCCACGGUGACCAUCGCUCACAGAUGUACGCCGAGGGAGCGGCUGAAGGAGUUAACCAGACUGGCCGACAUCAUCGUCGCUGCUGCAGGUGUUCCCGGUCUGAUCACAGCAGAUAUGGUAAAAGAGAGUGCGGCAGUCAUUGACGUGGGCAUCAACCGCAUUGUGGACCCCAAAACAGGGAAACUGAGGCUCAUUGGUGAUGUGGACUUCGAGGGUGUGAAACAGAAGGCGAGCUUCAUCACUCCCGUUCCUGGAGGCGUGGGUCCUAUGACGGUGGCCAUGUUGAUGAAGAACACUGUGACCGCCGCCAGAAACGCACUGAUGCAUUAACACGAUGCAC